AUGACUACCGAAAACAGUGGCAUUGUCAACAUAGCUUACGAAGAUACAACUGAUGAUAUUAACAUAAAUUUAAAUAAUAAUGAUGUCGCAAACAACAGAACAGAUGAUUAUUAUGAUGACGAGUCAACACGGCAGCGUGAAAAUGAGAAAAUGCAAGUUGACGAUGAUGAAAACACUAAAUAUAUUGAUGUUAAUGUGAAAAUUUAUAAAACAACAGACGCAGAGAAUGAUUCCGAAUUCGUUAUUGAGAAUGGUCAAUCUGAAUUUAACAAAAGAAGACUAGCUGUCCAUGAUACUGAAACAAGUAACUCUGUUGAUGGCGGCAAUGCAAAUAAUGAUAAUUUAACAGACAAUAUUACAAAUCUACGUUUGGGUAAUGAUUCGUUGGAAAUAAAUAAAACUACAGUAUCGGAUACAAACAUAUUAAGUGAUGAUAAUGAUAAAUAUAAUGUUAACAGUGUUAAGAAUGAUGUGAUAUUUACAGAAAUAAACUCAGAUGGUUAUGGACAUAAUAUGAAUGUUAAUGUAAAAAGAUAUAAUCAUGUAUCGAACAGUUUGUUUAAUUUGAAUGAGGUUUCACCCAAAUCAAGUCUUGGAGGUGAAAAAUGGAGAAGUUUUCAUGAGAAACGUAUUGAUUCACCAAGUGUUACUGAAGAUAAUAAAUUUGGUGAUAUGUAA